AGAUAAACGAGGUUUGCUCUGCAUUUCAGUUUAAUUUUUUAAAUUUAACCGUCAUUUUCAAUCUUCAAGAUGUUUAAAAAACUUACAAAACUGCGUACAUUUAAUGCUAAUUUUAUUUGUACUAACCAUUCCAAAAGAACCUCGGGAACAAUAGAUAUAUCGAAGAAAGACGACUACUACAAGAAUCUAGGAGAUGCAGAAGAAAACAUUGAUGUGAAACCUCCAGAAUGGGACAAAGCUCUACCAUACGAGUCUAUACCCGGACCUAAACCACUUCCUCUUAUUGGAAAUAUAUUUCGAUUUUUACCGUUCAUAGGAGAGUAUUAUAACCUGCCUAUGAAAGAGUUGCAUGAGGCAUUUAAAAGAAGAUAUGGUAACGUAGUGAGUCUUACAGGAAUCGGAAAGGAGCCUAUUGUAUUUCUUUUUGACGUACAUGAUAUGGAAAAACAUCUUAGAGGUGCAGGGGCAUUUCCUAUCAGAAGAGGCUUAGACUCAUUCACAUAUUAUCGUACAGUAACAAGAAAAGAUGUCUUUAAAGAUGCUUCAGGAAUUUUAACUAUUCAAGGAGUAGACUGGUUUAAGGUUAGAUCCCUAGUCAAUCCUGUUUUAAUGCAGCCUAAAACAGCACAACAGUAUAUAGGAAGCAUGGACAAAGUCACAAAUGAACUCAUUAAAAAUAUUCGUUUUUUCUCGACACAAAAUGAAAAGAGCGAAAUGCCAGAGGACUUUCAAAAUGAGUUAUAUAAGUGGGCAUUGGAAUCAAUUGGAUUUUUAACACUUAACAAACAUUUAGGGUGUCUAGAUUUAAAUGCUCCCAAGGAUUCUGAGCCUCAAAAAUUAAUUUGGAGUGUAAAUCAAAUGUUUCUGCUGAUGCAUAAUUUAGAAAUUAUGCCAGCAACAUGGAAAUACAUCGAAACUCCAUCAUGGAAGCGACUUGUAACUGUUUUAGACUAUGUAACAGAAACAUUAUCGCGAAAUAUAGAAGAAACUUUGAAUAAGACCAUUCCAGAGGACGUACCAGACGAACAACUGAAUAUUCUACAAAGACUAAGCAAACUAGAUAAACGUAUGGCUUUCUCUAUGGUUAUAGACCUCUUUAUUAGUGGAAUCGAUUCGAGUGGAAAAACUAUUGCUGCAGCUUUGUAUUUAUUGGCAAAAAAUCCGGAUAAGCAAAAAUACCUACGGGAGGAAGUAUAUAAUAAUCUGCCCGAUAAGAAUUCACCAAUUACUAAAGAGAUUUUGAACAAUUCCCCUUAUCUUAAAGCAGUGAUAAAAGAGACGACUAGGAUAGCUCCAGUUUUCCCAGGAAGUUCGAGAACUACCAUAAAAGAUUCGGUUCUAGGAGGGUAUAGAAUACCUAAGGGUACAGAAGUUAUUAGUAUGCAUAUAAUUAGUGCAAAUUCGGAACAUUUCAAAGACCAUGAGAAAUUUAUACCAGAGAGAUGGCUUCGGACGGAGGACAGUGACUACUCUUACAAAAACGUCCAUCCCUUUGCAUCCCAACCGUUUGGUUUCGGUCCAAGGUCAUGUGUCGGCAAGCGGUUAGCUAACUUAGAAUUAGAAGUUGCAAUAUCAAAGAUAAUAAGAAAUUUUGAAUUAUCGUGGCAUCACGAGGACAUGGUAUUUUCUGGACUGUUUUUAUAUGGUAUCGAACGUCCUCUCAGGAUAAGAGUGAAGGAGGUUUAAUAAUAAAUAUAAAUUAUGUUAUUUAAAGUGAUGACAAAUAUAAAUUUAACAACUUUGGUAGUGGUAUAUAGUUU